AUGAAGUACUAUACUCUCUUGGCCCUCCUAGCCACGGGGUCUACGGCGUCGAUAAACGUGGCCGACGACAUCUCACGUGGGUUCAGGAUGGGCGUCCUGCCGAGGCAAGCCCAAGUCAACAACCUGCAAGCGUUCACGAGCGGGCUCGGCGGCGUGGGCGCCACGGCCAUCACACAGUCCAACGACCCCAAGAGGCAGUUCGACGUGGAUGGCGAUACCUUUCCUGACUUCGAGAGCGCCGCCAACAGGGCCUGCGACAAUCAGCACAACGAGUGCGCCCGCAAGGCGAACAACGGGGGUGGGGCUUUCUCCGUCCCGGAUUGUGACAAGCAGUCGACUCAAUGCAAGGCGGCUAUUGGCAGCGCGACCAAGACGAGCUUCGUUAGCCUUUUUAAAUCCGAUGACCAGUUCGAUAUCUUCUGCGACACGUGA